AUGACAGAGACGGAUACUGACAUAGUGGGCAUGAGAAAUACAGAUACUAACAAAGCGGCCGUGGAAGAUACAGAUAGUGACAGAGCGGCCGUGGAAGAUUCAUAUACUCACAGAGAGGCCAUGGAAGAUACAGAUACUGACAAAGCGGCCAUGAGAGGUACAGAUACUGACAGAGUGGACAUGAGAGAUACAGAUACUGACAAAGCGGCCGUGGAAGACACAGAUACUGACAUAGCGGCCACGAGAGACACAGAUACUGACACAGCGGCCAUGGAAGAUAUAGAUACUGAUACCGCGGCCAUAAGAGAUACAGAUACUGACAGAGCCGACAUGGAAGAUUCAGAUACUGACAAAGCGGCCACGAGAGGUACAGAUAUGGACAGAGCAGCCAUGAAAGGAACAGAAACUGACACAGCGGCCAUGAAAGACACAGAUACUGACAGAGCAGCCAUGGAAGACACAGAUACUGACAGAGCGGCCAUGAGAGACACAGAUACUGACAGAGCAGCCAUGAGAGACACAGAUAUUGACAGAGCAGCCAUGGAAGACACAGAUACUGACAGAGCGGCCAUGAGAGGAACAGAUACUGACAUAGCGGCCAUGAGAGACACAGAUACUGACAGAGCAGCCAUGAGAGACACAGAUAUUGACAGAGCGGCCAUGGAAGACACAGAUACUGACAGAGCGGCCAUGAGAGGAACAGAUACUGACAUAGCGGCCAUGAGAGACACAGAUACUGACAGAGCGGCCAUGAGAGACACAGAUAUUGACAGAGCGGCCAUGAAAGACGCAGAUACUGACAUAGUGGCCAUGAGAAAUACAGAUACUGACAUAGCGGCCAUGAGAGGUACAGAUACUGACAGAGCGGCCUUGAAAGAUACAGAUACUCUCAGACCUUCCGUGAGAGGCAGAAGUACUUUCAGAGCGGCCUUGAUAGGCAGAAAUACCUACAGACCAGCCAUGAGGGGCAGAAAUACAGACAGUGAGAACAUAAUGUGCAGACAUAGUCACAGGGCGGCCAUGAAAGGCACAAAUAAUGACCGAGUGACCAUGAGGGUCAGGCAUACUGUCAGAGCGGCCAUGAGGGCCACAGAUACUGGCAGUUCAACCAUAAGAGGCACAGAUUCCAUGAGAGGCAGAAAUACUGUCAGAGCGGACUUUAGAGGCAGAAGUAACUUCAUAGAUGACACGAUAUGCAGACAUAGUCACAGAACGGCCUUGACGGGCACAGAUACUAGAAGACUGGCCCUGAGGAGCAGAGGUACUGACAGAGCAGCCAUGCAAGAUACAGAUACUGACAGAGUGGUGAUGAGAGAUACAGAUACUAACAGAGCGGCCAUGGAAGAGACAGAUACUGGCAGAGCGGCCAUGGAAGACACAGAUAAUGACACAGCUGCCAUGGAAGACACAGAUACUGACAGAGUGGCCAUGGAAGACACAGAUACUGACAGAGCGGACAUGAGAGAUAGAGAUACUGACAGAGUGGCCAUGGAAGACACAGAUACUGACAGAGCGGACAUGAAAGAUAGAGAUACUGACAGAGCGGCCAUGGAAGACACAGAUACUGACAAAGCGGACAUGAGAGAUACAGAUAUUGACAGACCGGCCAUGGAAGAUACAGUUACUGACACAGUGGCCAUGAGAGGAACAGAUACCGACAGAGUGGCCAUGAGAGACACAGAUACUGACACAGCGGCCAUGAGACGAACAGAUACUGACAGAGCAGCCAUGAGAGAUACAGAUACUGACAGAGCGACCAUGGAAGACACAGAUACUGACAGAGCGGCCAUGAGAGAAACAGAUACUGAUAGAGCGACCAUGGAAGACACAGAUACUGACAGAGCGGCCAUGAGAGAUACAGAUACUGACACAGCGGCCAUGGAAGAUACAGUUACUGACACAGCGGCCAUGAGAGGAACAGAUACCGACAGAGUGGCCAUGAGAGACACAGAUACUGACACAGCGGCCAUGAGACGAACAGAUACUGACAGAUCAGCCAUGAGAGAUACAGAUACUGACAGAGCGACCAUGGAAGACACAGAUACUGACAGAGCGGCCAUGAGAGAUACAGAUACUGACAGAGAAGCCAUGGAAGAUACAGAUACUGACAGAGCGGCUAUGAGAGACACAGAUACUAACACAGCGGCCAUGAGAGACACAAAUAUUGACAGAGUGGAUGUGGGAGAUACAGAUACUGACAGAGAGGGCAUUACAGAGACAGUUACUGACAGAGCCGCUAUGACUGAGACAGAUACUGACAGAGCGGGUGUGGGAGAUACAGGUACUGACAGAUCCGCCAUGGAAGAUACAGAUACUGGCAGAACGGCCAUGAGAGGAACAGGUACUGACACAGUGGCCAUGAAAGACACAGAUAUUGACAGAGUGGCCAUGAGAGAUACAGAUACUGACAUAGCGGCCAUGAGAGACACAGAUUUUGACAGAGCAGCCAUGGAAGACACAGAUACUGACAGAGCGGCCACGAGAGAUACAGAUACUGACAUAGCGGCCAUGAGAGACACAGAUAUUGACAGAGUGGCCAUGGAAGACUCAGAUACUGACAGAGCGGCCGUGGGAGAUACAGAUACUGACAGACCCAACAUGGAAGAUACAGAUACUGACAGAGCAGCCAUGAGAGGAACAGAUACUGACACAGCGGCCAUGAAAGAUGCAGAUACUGACAUAGUGGCCUUUAAGGACACAGAUACUGGCAGAGCAGCCAUGGAAGAUACAAAUACUGACAGAGCGGCCAUGAGAGGUACAGAUACUGGCAGAGCAGCCAUGAAACGCAGACAUACAGUCAGAGCGGCCACGAGGGGCAGACGUACUGAUAGACAGGCCAUGAGGGCCACAGAUACUGGCAGUUCAACCAUAAGAGGCACAGAUUCCAUGAGAGGCAGAAGUAUCUUCAUAGUCAACAUGAUGUGCAGACAUAGUCACAGAACGGCCAUGAUGGGCACAGAUACUAGAAGACUGGCCCUGAGGGGCAGAGGUACUGACAGAGCAGCCAUGAGAUCCACAGAAACUUCAAAACCACCAAUGAGGGCUGUCAGAUCAUCCAUCGGAGACACAGAUACUGACAAAGCGGCAAUGAGAGACACAGAUACUGACAGAGCGGCCAUGGAAGAUACAGAUACUCUCAGACCUUCCAUGAGAGGCAGAAAUACCUACAGACCAGCCAUGAUGUGCAGACAUAGUCACAGGGCGGCCAUGAGAGGCAGAAAUAUUGAUAGAACAACCAUGUGGGUCAGACAUACUGACAGAGCAGCCAUGAAAGGCAGACAUACUGUCAGAGCGGCCACGAGGGGCAGACGUACUGACAGACAGGCCAUGAGGGCCACAGAUACUGGCAGUUCAACCAUAAGAGGCACAGAUUCCAUGAGAGGCAGAAAUACUGUCAGAGCGGUCUUGAGAGGCAGAAGUAUCUUCAUAGACGACAUGAUAUGCAGACAUAGUCACAGAACGGCCAUGACGGGCACAGAUACUAGAAGACUGGCCAUAAGGCGCAGAGGUACUGACAGAGCAGCCAUGAGAUCCAAAGAAACUUCAAAACCACCAAUGAGGGGCAGAGGUACUGUCAGAUCGUCCAUCGGAGACACAGAUACUGAGACCGCGGUCAUGGAAGCUACAGAUACUGACAGAGCGGCCAUGAGAGAUACAGAUACUGACAGAGCGGCCAUGGAAGAUACAGAUACUGACAGAGCGGUGAUGAUAGAUACAGAUACUGACAGAGCGGCCAUGGAAGAUACAGAUACUGACAGAGCAGUGAUGAUAGAUACAGAUACUGACAGAGCGGCCAUGGAAGAUACAGAUAGUGACAGAGCAGCCAUAAGAGAUACAGAUACUGACAAAGCUGUCACGAGAGAUACAGAUACUGACAGAGCGGCCAUGAGAGACACAGUUACUGACAAAUCGGCUGUAGGAGAUACAGAUACUGACAGAGCGGCCAUGAGAGAUACAGAUACUGACAAAUCGGCUGUAGGAGAUACAGAUACUGACAGAGAGGCCAUGGAAGAUACAGAUACUGACAGAGCGGCCAUGGAAGACACACAUACUGACAGAGCGGCCAUGACAGAGACAGAUACUAACAGAGCGGCCAUGAGAGACACAGAUACUGACAGAGCGGCCAUGGAAGAUACAGAUACUGACAGAGCGGCCAUGGAAGACACAGAUAUUGACAGAGCGGCCAUAGAAGAUAGUGACAGAGCAACCACAAGAGGUACAGAUACUGACACAGCGGCAAUGAGAGGUACAGAUACUGACAGAGCAGCCAUGAAAGGAACAGAUACUGACACAGCGGCCAUAAAAGACGCAGAUACUGACAUAGUGGCCAUGAGAGAUACAGAUAAUGACAGAGCGGCCAUGAAAGACACAGAUACUGACAGAGCGGCCAUGGAAGACGCCAUGACAGAGACAGAUACUGACAGAGCGGCCAUGGAAGACACAAAUACUGACAGAACCGACAUGGAAGAUACCGAUACUGACAGAUCGGCCAUGAGAGACACAGAUAUUGACAGAGCGGCCAUGAAAGACACAGAUACUGACAGAGCAGCCGUGGGAGAUACAGAUACUGACAGACCCGACAUGAAAGAUACAGAUACUGACAGAGCGGCCAUGAGAGGAACAGAUACUGACACAGUGGCCACGAAAGACGCAGAUACUGACAUAGUGGCCAUGAGAGAUACAGAUACUGACAUAGCGGCCAUGAGAGGUACAGAUACUGACAGAGCAGCCAUGGAAGAUACAGAUACUGACACAGCGGCCAUGGAAGAUACAGAUACUGACACAGCGGCCAUGAGAGGUACAGAUACUGACAGAGCAGCCAUGAGAGGUACAGAUACUGACAGAGCGGCCAUGAAAGAUACAGAUACCGUGAGAGGCAGAAAUACUGUCAGAGCAGCCUUGAUAGGCAGAAAUACCUACAGACCAGCCAUGAGGGGCAGAAAUACAGACAGUGAGAACAUUAUGUGCAGCCAUAGUCACAAGUCGGCCAUGAGAGGCAGAAAUAAUGACAGAACGACCAUGAGGGUCAUACAUACUGACAGACAGGCCAUGAGGGCCACAGAUACUGGCAGUACAACCAUAGGAGGCACAGCUUCCAUGAGAGGCAGAAAUACUGUCAGAGCAAUCUUGAGAGGUAAAAGUACCUUCAUAGACGACAUGAAAUGCCGACAUAGUCACAAAACGGCCUUGACGGGCACAGAUACUAGAAGACUGGCCAUGAGGGGCAGAGGUACUGACAGAGCAUCCAUGGAAAAGACAGAUACUGACAGAGCGGCCAUGGAAGACACAGAUACUGACACAGCGGCCGUGGAAGACACAGAUACUGAAACAACAGCCAUAAAAGAUACAGAUACUGAUAGAGCGGUCAUGAGAGAGAAAGAUACUGACAGAGCGGCCACGAGAGACACCGAUACUGACAAAGCGGCCGUGGGAGAUACAGAUACUGAAGUACCUUCAUAG